UCUAGGGUUUUUGUGCUCGGCUAUGGCGGCCAGGAGCUCCCAGGGCGCGGCGCGGUUCUCCGGCAAGGCUCCAGAUUACAAGUCCGACAAAGAGCAUUGCAAGGAUCUGCUCAGGAGUUUUGUGGAUGCCGAUGGGCGGAUGAAAUAUCUGGAGAUGCUGCAACAAGUCGCCAAUAGAAAAUUGCGCUCGGUGGAUAUCUCUCUGGAUGACUUUUGUAAUGUAAGAUGUCUUUCGAUUGAUCGUUUUCUUGUUCUUAUUGUCUCUCUUUGCCUUCUCCAGGAUUUUGACGCUGAGAUGCUGGUGCAAAGAAUUCGGACCAACACAAAGCGCUACCUUGGAUUGUUUGCUGAGGCCAUAGAUGAGAUUCUACCCGACCCCACGGUGCCUAUCGAUGUGGAUGACGACUAUGAAGUGCUCAUGCGACAAAGGAAUAAUGAUCCCAGUGAAAACGCUGACAAUGCGGAUCCACGUCAAACGCUUCCUGCCGAGAUCAAACGAUACUUUGAAGUACAUAUUACAGCUCUCGCCAGUGAGAAGCCUCGAGCGCUGAGGGAAGUCAGAGCGUCUCAUAUUGGACAACUUGUCAAGGUCAGAGGCAUCGUUACUCGUUGCUCGGACGUGAAACCAUUGAUUCAAGUAGCUGUCUACACAUGUGAAGAAUGCGGGUUUGAGAUAUAUCAGGAAGUUACUUCCCGCACGUUUAUGCCGCUGCUGGAAUGUCCUUCUACGAGGUGUCGUACCAACAACGUCAAAGGGAGGCUUAUACUUCAGCUCAGAGCAUCCAAGUUUUUGAAGUUCCAAGAGGCCAAGAUCCAAGAGCUAGCUGAGCAUGUCCCUAAAGGCCACAUACCACGAUCCAUGACCAUCAAUAUUCGUGGUGAACUGACUCGUCAGCUCGGGCCUGGAGACUUGGUAGAGAUAUCUGGGAUUUUCCUCCCAGUUCCAUUUACCGGUUUCCGGGCGAUUCGUGCAGGACUCGUAGCAGAUACGUAUCUGGAAGCUAUGUCCAUAAAACAUACAAAGAAACGCUACGAAGAAUAUGUGCUUAGUGGAAUUGAGCAAGACACAAUCGAAGCGCUUGCUCAAGACGGGCAAAUCUAUGACAGGCUAUCCUUUUCCAUAGCUCCGGAAAUUUUUGGUCAUGACGAUGUCAAAAAAGCAUUGCUUUUGGUUCUUGUUGGAGCACCAACGCGCCAUUUAAAAGAUGGUAUGAAGAUACGAGGGGAUUUGCAUGUUUGUUUGAUGGGAGACCCUGGAGUUGCCAAGAGUCAACUUUUGAAACACAUGGUAACCAUCGCUCCUCGGGGAGUUUAUACCACGGGUCGGGGUAGCAGUGGUGUUGGUCUGACAGCUGCAGUGCACAGAGACCCCGUUACAAACGAGAUGGUCCUUGAAGGCGGUGCAUUGGUUUUGGCAGAUAUGGGCAUUUGUGCUAUCGACGAAUUUGACAAAAUGGAUGAAACAGAUCGAACAUCUAUCCAUGAAGUGAUGGAGCAACAGACUGUAAGCAUUGCCAAAGCUGGCAUCACAACUAGUCUAAAUGCUCGGACCGCUAUCCUUGCGGCAGCAAAUCCAGCAUGGGGACGAUAUGAUAUGCGACGCACGCCGGCAGAGAAUAUCAACUUACCACCGGCAUUGCUUUCCCGAUUCGAUUUAAUGUGGCUCAUUCUAGAUCGAGCAGACAGAGAGAUAGACUCUGCAAUGGCAACACACGUUCUUCACGUGCAUACACACGGUGUACCGCCUCCUACUGCUGGCGAUCCGCUGGAACCAUCCAUGUUAAGAGCUUACGUCGCCAUGGCCAGAAGAGUCGUCCCUUUUGUACCGCGUACCUUGACAGAAUAUAUUUCCAGCGCCUACGCAGCUUUGCGCCAAGAGGAGGCCCAGAGCAACGCACCGCAUUCUUACACUACCGCACGGACUCUGCUCAGUAUAAUGAGAAUAUCAGAGGCAUUGGCGCGUCUCAGGUUUUCCACCACGGUGGUCCAGAGCGACGUUGAUGAGGCACUGAGGCUGAUGCAAAUGUCCAAGUUCUCGGUGUAUGCGGACGACCAGAGAAAGACCGGGCUGGAUCCAAUCUCCACUAUAUACACUAUCAUUCGCGACGAAUCGGCAAGGCUCAGGACCUUGAGGCUCAAGUAUGGAGAUGUGCUCAACCAGAUCUCCGUCAAGGGGUACAAGGAAGCUCAACUCAGGCAAUGCUUGGAAGAGUACGCGGCUCUCAACGUCUGGCAACUCGAUCCACAAACUCUUGACAUACAGUUCGUGGACGUAUGAGACGUAUGAGAUAAGUAUAUCUUGAGGAAAG